AUGGAAGACGUUGCGCCCGACUCGCCCGCGCCCGACUCGCCCGCGCCCGACUCGCCUGCGCCAACCGCGCCGCCCGGCGUGCGGUGCCUCGACACGGUGAUCGCGCUCUACGACUUUGCGCCGCUGCACCCGCUGCACCUCGCGCUCGACCUCGGCGACACCAUCUACGUGCUCGCCCGCAGCGGGCCCUGGUGGGACGGCGUCUGCUUCCGCGGCGGCGCCUGGACCCGCGGCUGGUUUCCGCGCAACUACGUCCGCCUGGUCAAUUACGUGCAGCCGGUGCUCAAGCAGCUCCACAACCCGCAAGACCUCGACACGUUGACCGCCGCCAACACCGCCGCCAACGUGCUCAUCCCGCUGUUCACGGCGCUCCUCCAGAAAAACUUGGGCGACACCUCGGCGUCCGCCACCCGGAAAAACUCGGUGGUCAGUUUUGCCCUGGACGCCGACGACGUGCGCCUUGUUUCUGUCGAGGAGGCCGAGCAGUUGUCGCUCGAGCACCGCCGCACCCACGGCCGGCCCGCCGUGUGGCUUCCGCGCGCCACCGACGAGGGCGACAUUGCCUUUUUCUGCGACCAUCUCCGCGUGUGCUGCGCGUCCUUGCCGCUCGUGCCCUGGACUCCAGGCGUCGACACGGCGCCGCCUAUCUUGCCCUCGGCCGACGCCGUGGCGACGCUGGAGGUGUUCCGCAUGCGCACGCGCGACCUGUUUGACGAAGCCUCGCGCACCGCGCCCAAACGUGGCCUGGCCGCUAGCCUGGCGCUGCAGACGCUGGCGGCGUCGUACCACCACUUUCUGCAGCCGUUUUUCGCCGGCCGCGGCGUGUUCUGGCUGCACUGGGGCGACGUGGCGCGGUGGCCCGAGCUCAGCGAGCGCUUCGACCAGGCGCAGGCGGGCGCCCUUGCCGCGCUCCGCGCGGGCGACCGCGGCCGUUACGACGCGCAUUUUCUGCAGCUCACGACACUUGUGGCUGGCGCAGUUCAGAGCGCGCGCCUUUCGCACGCCGACUACGCCGGCUCCAAGUACGAGCGCGCCGUACACCGCAAGCUCAGGCGCUUGGCCGAGGGGCUCGCGCAGUUGGGCAUCAACGCGCAGCUCCAUGUGCUGGCGCCGUCGAACAGGCGCCAAAGCGACCUCCAGGAGUCGCCUCUCGAAGGAACUCCCGAAUCGGCCUCGAGCCUCAAGUUGCCGAGUCUUGCGCUGGGCGUUCGCGACUUGAGUCUCGCUCUGAGUCCGCGCGCGUCUGUGCUGCCUGCCUCUCCCGGCGCGGACACAUUGCGCGGGUCGCGCGCUUCGGGCGCUUCGCGCGUUUCGGGCGCCUCUGCCGCCGCGCGCGGGCCCACGCUGCUCAAGCCGGUCGAUGCCACCGUGAUUCUUCCGGCGGCGCAGUCGCGCGCCCAGACGCCAGAGACCGCGCCGCCCGAAUCGUACCUUCGACAGGCAGAGAUUGAAGCUGAGAACUUGCGCACAACGAUGCACGGCUUGGUGCGUCUUUUCCGCCAUCUCUCGCGCAACAAGCGGGUGUUUGUGCGCGACUACGACUCGUCCGACCUCUCGGAGGACGACGGCGAAGACAGAACAGACUUGUUGCCGCAGGUGUACCCGCGGUUUGUCACCAACGAGUUCAACGGCGGCAACUGGUGCAACCCGUUUUUCGUCGACUCGCAUCCGUACUUGAAUCUCAGCGGCGAUCUGUUGAAGAACCGCUACCAUCUCAAAACCAUCGUGGACCAGGCCGCGUACGACGAGGCAAAGAAAACUUCGGCCGAACUCGUGCGCUUUUCUCGCGAUGUCCUCCAUUACCUAGAUCCUGCUUUGCAGUUUCGCUACUACAACGAGGCACUUAAAAACGAGCGAAACGAUAAUAUCGUGCGCAUCAUGUAUAAAUUCAUGCAUUGUGCCAGUACCUUGAUUGACCACUUGGAAUCGUUUGACUUCACCGUGUUCUGUCUCAUCAAGCGUAACUUUUCGGGCUCGUCCGCCGAUGAUCCGCUGUCUUCUCUUGCCGCGCCGCGGUCCACUCUCCAAAGUCUGGUUCCCUCUCUAACUCCAACAGACUCUUCUCUUACUCUCGCAGAUCCACCUUCCACGCCAACAGAUACUGCCAUGUCCACAGAACCUUCGACAGACCAGCUGCUUUCCCCAGGGAUCGCCAUUGGCGCAAGGAACAUGUCCAAAGAAAAUUCCAAAGAGACAUCUAUCGACUCGUCUCUCCCUGCAAAUGUGGCUAGCAAUCUCACCUUCGAUUAUCCUAUGGUGCUCGAGUUCUUCCAACGCAAACAGCAGCUUCACGAUAUGCUUGCUCGAAUCAUGAUGCAAUCUCAGACUUUGACGCUUGAAGACCCAGAUGUGUUUACACCCAUGAAGGAAAGCAGCCCUGUGCUCUACGAUCGUGAUGCUUUGAAAGAUCCAAUUGAACGCUCCGCGUUUCUUUUGGCGGGUAUUCUUGCCGACCAGAGUCUGCACAAUGCUGAAGAUCGAAUCUACAUCAACCAAGAUAAAGUGCUCUCAAAAAUGCUUGAAGAGCUCAUUGAUUUUUGCGAUGACGUGCUUGUGCUUAUUCGCCAGUUGAUCGAUGAGAGGGAAACUAUUUUGAACUAUGCCACCCGUGUCAUGCAUGAUGACUUCAACAUUGAGUUGUUGGUGAUUGAACGCAACAACACCGUCACCAGCACGAAAACUGAAGAUGUAGAAUAUUUCAGUGGAAAAAGCUCCAACGACAAUACCCCUUGGUAUUUGCAAGGAGACGAGGAGUACGAUUUACUUAUCGAUGUUAAUGGAAACAUUAAGGGAGGCACUAAAGAAGCAUUGGUGGCGCAUUUGACUCAUCAUUCAUCUUUUGAUGCCACAUUCAACACAACCUUUCUUAUAUCUUUCGCCACAAUGAUGACUGUGAAUGAGUUGAUACAUUUGUUAAUGAACAGAUUCAACAUUGAAGCACCCGAGGGCUUGAGUUAUGAAGAGUAUUUAACCUGGCGUUCGCGAAAGAGGGAUAAGAUUAGAUUCAAAGUGCUCGAUGUCAUGAGACUUCUCUUGGAAAAUCAUUGGUGUGGAUCCUAUACCAAUAAGUCCUUGUUGACGAGGUGGAUAAAGUUUUUGAGACUGAAUGAGCCACAACAAUUUGACAUUACGCUGACGAUCAUUGAAGAUAUCAAAUUCAUAUUAGACGGCGGUGUGUUCAACACCGAAAAAGUACCUACAAUCAUAACGGAAAAAGCUCCGGCUCCGCUAUUGAAGAGUUUUUCUUUGAGAAAGUUGAAGCUCAUGGACAUUGAGUAUGUCGAACUUGCCAGACAACUCACACUCCGAGAAUUUGGCUUAUAUUGCAGCAUUUCCAAACUUUCGGCAAUUCACAAAGUAUGGGGGAAGAAAUCUGGCUUGAAUGAAUCAGUUGAGAACAUCACCAACUUUAUCAAGGCAUCAAACCAAUUGACUAAUUUCGUGGCGUAUAUGAUUUUGCGCAAGGAUGAUGCGAAGAAACGAGUACAAAUAAUCCGGUUUUUUGUUCAGGUGGCCGAGAAGUGUCGGUCCUACAACAAUUUUUCCUCAAUGACGGCGAUUAUUUCGGCUCUUUACUCCUCGCCUAUUCACAGACUUAAAAAGACUUGGUCAUACGUUCCUCGAGACACGAUGACGCUGUUGCAGAAUAUGAACAAACUAAUGAAUUCGAGCAGAAACUUCAACGAAUACAGAGAUAUGCUCAAGUUUAUUGGCCUGGAACCUUGUGUUCCCUUUUUUGGCGUUUACCUCAGUGAUUUGACCUUUGUGCUUCAUGGUAAUCCGGACAAUUUGUUGAACCGAACAAGAAUGAUCAAUUUUGCCAAGCGAACGAAAACUGUCGACAUAGUAUUGGAUAUCGACCGUUUCAAACGGAUCGGAUACAAUUUCCAAGAGGUGAGUGAAAUUCAAAAUUACCUUGAUCUCUGGUUUGAUAAAUGCCCAACAAUUGAGGAACAGUAUCAGCUUUCGCUCAACAUCGAACCACGGGAGCAAGGCGAUAAGAAGCAAUCCACAAAACCACAGCCUAACAAACGGUCUGCUCCCGGUCGCGGCCCAAGUCCGAAAUAUCAGCAGUCGGUCAACGUUCUUGGGAUUCGCUAA